AUGAACUCUGAACGAGAGUCGAUCACGAAGGAGUCCCUCGAGGACGAGAAGGGAGUGACUACCCAUGUCGCCCUCGUCAAUGAUGAAGUCGACACGGGCGCACAGCUCGUUGCUGGGACAGCGAUGGCGGUGGAUCCGGCUGAAGCAUUGAGGAUAAGGAGGAAGAUAGACUGGCACAUUAUGCCACUUAUGUGUGUCCUCUAUUGGAUACAAUUUAUGGACAAGGUCACUCUCGGAAGCGCUGCUAUCCUUGGUAUAAAGACUGCGACGCACCUUACGACAAAUCAAUAUAAUUGGCUGGGAACAAUUUUCUAUCUGAGUUAUCUCGUCUUUGAGUAUCCCCAGAACCUCGCACUGCAACGUUUGCCCGUCGGAAAGUGGAUGAGUGCUAACAUCUUUGUUUGGGGUGUCGCGCUAUGCUGCCACGCGGCGUGCAAGAACUUCGCGGGGCUUUUCGUCUGCCGACUAGUUCUGGGAAUGUGCGAGGGCUCGAUCACCGCCGGCUUCAUGAUCGUCACGUCUAUGUUUUAUACACGUGUGGAACAAACACUUCGAGUCGGCUAUUGGUUCUUGAUGAAUGGAACAGCCCAGAUUAUAAUUGGUUUCAUCAGUUUUGGAGUCUUGCACGCGAGCACUUCUAGCUUCCAGCCUUGGCAAUGGCUUGUAAUCAUAACGGGCUUGUUGACUUUAAUCACCGCUGUUGCAUUCUGGUGCAUGUUCCCAGACUCGCCCACGAACGCGUGGUUCCUUACGCAAGAAGAACGAGUGACUGCAGUGCAGCGUAUUAGUACAAAUCAAACCGGUGUCGAGAACAAACAUUUCAAAAAGGACCAGUUCUACGAGGCGCUCCGCGACCCCAAGACAUGGCUCUUCGCGCUGUUUUCUGCGCUGGACAAUGUCCCAAACUCCCUUACGAACCAGCAGCAGAUCAUCAUGUCCUCGUUCGGCUUCUCGGACCUGCAGACGACCCUGCUGGGCAUCGUUAGUGGGUUCGUGGAGAUAGCGACGAUCUUCACGGGCGUGCACAUUGCCGCGCGAUUGAAGAACGCGCGUGCGUGGGUCGGGUUUUUCUAUUUCAUUCCGACGCUGCUUGGUAUCCUGCUCGUGAACCUACUCCCCUGGAGCGACAGGAUAGGCCUUCUAUUUGGCCAGUGGAUGACAGGGAUCAGUACGACAGCUUUCGUGCUCGCACUGUCGUGGUUGACAAACGUCACCGCGGGGCACACGAAGAAAGUCACUGUGAACGCGAUUAUGCUGAUCGCCUACUGUGUCGGUAACGCCGCCGGACCCUUCAUGUGGCAGGCGCAAUACGUGCCUCGAAACCACGUUCCGUGGACCAUUAUCGGCAUCUGUUAUGUUUGCUGCAUGAUUCUGUUCCUUAUUAUCAGGCUCCUACUCGCGCGCGAGAACAAGCGCAGGGACGCGGAGCCGCCUGACACAACUUACGACGAUGUCUACAUCGAGGUUGUCCUUCCAGAUGGCAAGCGCGUUGAGCGUAAAGUAGAGAAGGCAUAUCUAGAUUUAACGGACAUUCAAAACAGGGAUUUCCGCUACGUGUUGUGA